GAUUCUGGGACAGAGUUCUGCAGCUUGUUGUGACCAUAAUCAAUACAGGCUGAUUCAACAAUUUUUUUAAGCUGUGUUUUACUGUGCAUUUAAUCAGCAACUUGUAGCUGCAUCUUAAUUAUUCAAUUCAUAUUUUUUUUCUCUGAGCCCAGAACUGUGUGGAGCUGAUUCGGUUGAUGUGAUGUGCAGUCCAGGAUCGGGGGGGCCUGGAGAGGAUGCCUCUGUAGAGUUUGUGUACUGCAGCGGAGCAAUCACAGAGCUGCUUAAAUAUGGACCAACAGACCUGCAUGCUGCCAGCAGAAGCCCCAAUCCUCCCAAAAUGCUCAUCCUUGUCAUUCCAGGUAACCCAGGUGUGGUGGGCUUCUACAAGACAUACAUGUGGACGCUGUAUCAGACAUUCAUCCAGAGAUAUCCAGUGUGGGCUGUGAGCCAUGCUGGACACUGUAUGCCUCCAGACACCUAUGAUAUGAUUGAAGAUGCAUCUGUGACUGAGAAGGAGGAUGUUUUUGGGCUAAACGGGCAGAUUGAACACAAGCUGGCCUUCCUUCGAAAGCAUGUGCCUCGGGACAUGAACCUGCUGCUGAUUGGUCACUCCAUCGGUUGCUACAUCAUUUUGGAGAUGCUGAAGAGAGACCCAGAGCUAAAGGUUGUGAAGGCGGUGAUGCUCUUCCCCACGAUUGAGCGCAUGGCCUGUAGCCCUCAAGGCAAGGUCAUGACCCCAGUGCUCUGCCGGCUGCGGUACGUCUUCUAUCUGCCCAUCUUCCUGCUCUCCCUCCUUCCAGAGAGGCUGAAGGUCAGCAUAGUGAAUCUGGCUCUGAGGAACAUUUAUGCAGUGGAUACCUCCAUCAUCCCAGCCACUGUCAGCCUGAUCAAUGUAGACUGUGCAGCCAACGGUAUGUACAUGGGAAGCCAAGAAAUGAGACUGGUUGUAGAAAGAGACAACGCAACUGUACGUCAACACCUCAGCAAGCUUAUUUUUUACUACGGAGCCACGGAUCACUGGUGCCCUGUGCAGUAUUACCAUGAUAUCAAAAAAGACUUCCCUGAAGGGGACAUCCGUCUGUGUGAAAGGGGCAUCCGGCAUGCAUUUGUCCUGGAUGCAGGGGAGGAAAUGGCUAACAUGACGGCAGAGUGGAUCUUUGAUAAUUGAGGACGCUCUGACUGCAAGAUUAACAUUUCAUUCCUCUUUAACCUCUACCAGCCAAGUAUUCAAACUGAGCCCCCUCUGUGUUUUUUAAUGCAACCAAUAUUUUAAGAUGUAUUACGUACCUAUUUCCAUGGCAAAGCAUCAUGCUUGUAACAAAACACUUUAAAAAGGUGCGGUAUCACUGAUGUAUUGAUGGCAUUUUAUUUUUCAAAUAUUCAUGAUUGUAAAAUAUCUGGUUAUUAUUGUUAUGCGGUGUAUUGCUGUAGUUUACUUCAAGAAUCUCUCGUUUCUGUCAAGUGGAAAUUGUAAUUGUCUGUUUGUGAUGUUUAUGGGAAUGAUUUCUAAACACACAAAUGUGCAGUGGAGUGUGGAGCAGGACACAAGUCAAUUAUUUAUUUAUUAUAGUGGAACAUGGUUAUCUUUUGAACUUGAGUUAACCAGACCGCUCACAUAAGAAGAAACUUCUUAUAUAUAUCAACCUGGAAUAAAGAUAUUGAUCUCUUGAUGGAAAAUUUAUUUUUAUAAUUUAAAUUAUUUUAUAUUAUUAUUCAAUAACAUCAGAAGGUUAAAAAACAAUGCAUAUUACUACCUUCACAGAUAAUUAUUUAGACCGCAAAAGAUUAAAACUGCGUUUCUGUUCAUAGAAUGUCCCAUUGUUAAUAAACACAUUUGCAGUUGAAUCAAUAAAAGCUGGUUAAGAGACAAA